AAAGGGCUUCUUUACCAAUACCUCCAAUGUCUUCAAUAUCUUUGACCCCUCCUAGGUCUAAAUUUCGACAUAAUCGUUCGAAUUCUUUACCUCCUACUACUACAACCACUUCUAAAAAUUUUUAUCGUCAACCUACUCCAAGUGAAAGUUGGGAUGAUGACUUUGAAUUUGACGAUGAUCAUGAAAUAAAUGUUCCUAAUUCUGUUGAACAAGCUCAGUUCUCUUUAAGGAUGGAUAUUAAUAAUAUUCGGGAUUUCGUUUCUCAAAUUAAUGAAUUGAAAAUGUUACGUGAUAAAAAGGUGUUACUUUCUUCAACGAUUCAAACAAAAGUUUCAAGAAGAUGGUCAACCGGUUUCACAAAAAAGAGUAGAAAAUAUAAAGAUUUAGAAUCACGAUUUAAACAAUAUUGGGAAGAAGCUGCUGUAAUAAUUGACCUUUCUGAUGCAGCUAUAGAUCGUCAACCAACAUUUGGUGGUGGAAAAAGAGUUGCUGUUGAUAUCGAACGAAUACCUUCUGAAAGACAUAUGCAAGUAUUGAAAAAGAUUAUAGUAGAAGAAUUUGGUUCAAGGAAAAAAGAAAAUCUUAGAAUCAGUGUUGAAGUAGUACCAAGUUUAAUUGAACGUUUAAAAAAAUUACAGGAACAAUUAUCUGAACAUGUAGAUAAAUUAGGGGCUUUGGCAUCUAUUGAGAAAAUUUCCUAA